ACUGUGGUGUAGGAACAUGCUGGUUAGCUUAUUUGUGUAUUACAGUGUCGUCAAAUAGAACAAUACUUUUACAAGGUAUACUGUAUGUAUUAUACUAACAAUGCAAAAACAAGUUAGCAGUGUGACUCUGAUACUGAUCAAUUUGAGGCCAUACGAUAGUUUUAUUGAACAUAGACAACUGUUCGUUUGAAAAGUCUAAGGAUUGAGCCUGGUCUUUUAUCUCAACAAGUCAAACAACCUCUAAUUGUUGCCAUCUUUUUAGUAGAGUUUAUAGAAUUGAUACCACUUUUGUGAACCUAACAGAUACUCGAAAAUGAAGACGGAAGCGCAAGCAAGUCCUGUCAAAAGCCUGCUCGAUGUAUUUUCGACGACGCAGGCUAAACAAUCUACAGAUGUACAGAAUAUCAUGGCAAUUACUGAUGAUGACCUGCCUUCAAAUUUAAAAGUAAUGGAAAUCACGACAGAAGUAGUUAUCUUCAUGACAAUCGUUGCUAUUAAUCUUGCUAUGGGAUGCACACUGACGACAAAUGAUUUUAAACGACAAUGGAAGUUCCCGAGUGGAAUAAUUCUUGGGAUGAUCUCUAAAAUUUUGAUGUAUCCUUUUACUGCGUUUGCAUUAAACCAUCUUCUUGAGAUACCCAGUCCUUACGCCAUCGGUGUCAUCUUGAUGGUGGUUUGCCCUGGGAGUUCAGUUUCGAGCCUUUUUACUUAUUUCGUUGAUGGAGAUGUUUGUAUGAGUGUUUUUUCAACAGCUUUCUCUACGUUACUGUCCAUUGGACUGUUACCGGCCUUGCUCUACAUCUACACUCGCAGUUGGACAACUUACACAGCAGUCGUUCCAUACCUUUCAAUUGCUGCAAUGCUUCUGGUCAUUAUUUCCCCAGUUCUCCUCGGAAUGGUUCUGCGUGUUUGGAAACCUAAAGUCGCAAAUGUUAUUGUAACGAUUGGAACCACAAUUGGAAUUGUUGGGUACUCCGCAUGUGCUCUAUUCCACAUAUUCUUGCAGACCAGUGUUCGCCACAGUACUUGGAACGUGUACUUCAUUGCGUUGGUCCUACCGAUCGUAGGCUUUGGUGUAGGUUAUUGUACUGGCUACGUCUUUAAACAACACCCGAGUCGCUGUCGAACAAUUGCCAUCGGGACAGUCUUCCAAAAUUCCGGUAUUGCAAUUUUAACUCUCGUAGCGACUGUUGAGAAUUUUGAAUGGUCCCAAUGUGUGGUGUUCCCAAUCGUAUAUGGAGCAGUGUCGGGACUUUACGGACUUGUUUACACGUUAGUUUUCCGAGGUCUUCAACAUCCUUCUAAAGCGCCGACUGAGUGGAUAGUGAUGGCUGGAGGUUACACAAGUCUCGAACCAGGAGAUGAUUUUGAGAAUCCUUGGCUUUUGGAGGCUGAUAAGGAUGACAUGUCUUUCAGAUACUGACGAGGUAAAGCAUACAGAAACAAUUCUCAAGAACAAGAGGACAAGUCAAUAAAUAAGUCUGAAUUCAAGGCUCACCAUUUUAGCUUAAAAGUGCUAAAUAUUAUAGUUACAAAAAAAAAUAUAGCAAUAGUUUCUUGAUCAACAAUAAAGCUCGGACCAAAGCCUUCAAUUGUAAAGUUGUCAUUAAAAACAAAAAAGAGAAAUUGCACAUUAAAAUAUUGAACAAAAACGAAGAAAACCCAAGUCAAGAAUGUGUUCGAAAUCUUACUAAAACAACGCAGAAGGCAACAAAAUAGUGAAACUUUUUGAAUUAUAUCGACUUUUGCUAGAAGUGUACCUGACAUACAAUUACAGGAUAAUAUAAUUUAUUAACAGAAGAGAAAAAAAGAGACUAAUUAAUGUCUUAAGGAUGAUCUAUGAAGCCUGGUUACUUUUAAUAAAGCAAGCAAACAAGCUUUACAUGUUAAUUAGGUUAAUCUAUUGCUCACGGUAAUGCAGAGGUCAUGGUUAAAAUUCACUAUUCCUAAAAUAUGGCCACUGAUGUAAUACGAAAAUUACAAUUUACAUUACAUAUCUUUUAAACUUUGAACUUAUGUAAAUUAAGGAAUACUGUAUUUUCCUAGUUCGAGUCCAUACUAUACAUCUCCAAUAUUCCUAAACUAUCAGCAUCACGAUGGCGUGUAUUUCAAUACUUGGAGUAUGUAUUAUACUUUCUUAUCUAUCAGCAUAUAGAUUGCAAAUAUAAAUAAUAUGGUAAGUCGAAAUAUAAUAAAGGAAAGACCCUACUAUAGGGUCUGUGAUAAAAAGAAAAGUAAGAAAGGGCCUGAAAUAGUAUCCAACGAAAUUAUAUUGGUAUAUGAAGCCCCGUGAAUGAGAACUCAUUGUUUUUGCUGAUAGUAGCCUAUACAUGUAGAAGAAAAUUCAAAUUAUUGACAAAGAUAUCGAACCAAGUUAGAAAAUGCGCAAUAUUUAAGUUUGUAAAUGAGACAAUAUGCACGAAACAAACACUGAAAAAACCCUGCAAACCAUCGUGAUAAUGUAUUAAUUAUAUUCUUUUAUAAACCAGCAUAUUUUUGCAUUAUGCAAUCAAAUAUUAUUAGAUAAAAUACAAGAUUUAUAUGAUCCUGUAAAAACAAAAACGUCAAGCCGAGUUCAUUUCGACCAUGACUGUGGCUAAGGUAAGAACAUUUGUGAUACUUUUCUUUAUAUUUCCAUUAAAAAAAAUUGAAGAAUUUGUGCCCCCCCCCCCCCACCCACGAAUCCGCCACUGAUGAACAGGAUGCUUGUCAAACAGUUUUUUCUUUCACGACAAAUAAAAUAUGUCAGCUUCAUUAAGCCUCAAUACAAAGCUUAGUAUAUUUAUAUACCAGCGUUUGUUUUCAUUUGUAUGAAGACAAACAUAUAAUUUACAUAAAAAGUUCAAAGGUAGGAAGAUGGAUUGAUAAAUUGAAUACAGUACAGUACAUUCUUUGUGUAAGGGUUGAGUUGUUUUUUUACUACGCUCUUUUGUUUUCCUGAUUUGGUGUAAAUUUCAUCAACCAGUGUGCAAUAUAAAUAAAAAUACUGCACAAAUCUAUUAUGACUAGGCUUAGAGUUAAGUAUUCACGAUUGAAUUCAAGUCUCUUAAUACAAAAUAUAGUAUAGUUGUAUGCCCUACCAUCAGUGUACCAGCAUGUUGCCUGUAAUGUGUAAUGCUCGAUACGCAAAGUUUUGUGAAAAUAUAUUACCUAAAUGUAGGAUGUAAGUACUGCUUGAACAUUAUAAAAAGGCUGUAAGAUAGUACUGUCAGAAAAAAUAAUAUCCAGUAUUCUUGAAAAUGAUUAAAUAGGAACUUUGAAUCCUCAAAAUGUUUGUUUUUGGGUUACUGUCUUUCCUUUUUAUUCAAACCAGGAAGACGAGCAUGUCCCACAUACAAGUUGAUGCCAUUAUUCUAAAGAGUAUAUAGAACAUAGUUAUUAUUAUUAUGAUUUAUUUAUUUAUAUAUUUUUUAGACUUUAGCAACAAUAAGCGGGGCUUAGCGGUACGGUACAUUGCUAAAAAUAAUAAAAUACAAUCUUUUUUGUAAAGUAAUAAAAGAUUUUUUUUCCCACGCUACUCCACGGAUCUCAAACUCUUCUCAGCAGCUCUGAUUCACUUUUGCCGAAUAUUUGAAAUGACAGUUAAAUAAAACAAACAUAGACGUUU